UGACCCUCACUCUCUCCAAGCAUCCCUCGGCCUUGGAAAAUCUGAGCUAAUCUUCCAGACGAGCGAUGUCAGAACCAAGCUCCAAGCUCGCUACCGAGUUGAAGGCUGUGAAGAACGCACGUGUAGCGACAGUUGCGCCCCCGAAAACAGAGGAUGGACAUAGCAGUGGAGAUGAGGAGGGAGAGGUGGAAGUAGCAGAUGUAGACGACUCUGAGAUACUCGAGGAACUUCCGGAUGAUACAGAGGAAAUCGAGCUCAUUCAUUCGAGACUGAACUCAAUCAGUAGACUCGGGCUGCAACGAUUCGGCCGUCAUUUGCGGAAGCUAUGCCUGCGGCAGAACCAUAUCUCGCAAUUGGAUCCGGAUGUCGUCCGGACGUUGGUGGAACUGGAGGAACUCGAUAUGUACGACAACAAGCUGAAAUCGAUCGACGAUUCUUUGUCUGCGCUGAAGAAGCUCUCCGUGCUAGAUCUCUCGUUCAACAACCUGCGGCACGUACCUGAAUCGGUACAGUAUCUCGCCUCGCUGGAGAAGGUGUUCUUUGUCCAGAACAGGAUAUCAGAAAUUAGCGGAUUGGAUCGUGUUGGACAGACUCUGCGCAGUCUCGAACUUGGAGGCAACCGACUACGGAAAAUCGAGAACCUCGAUGCUCUUGGGGCCUUAGAAGAGUUGUGGCUAGGAAAGAACAAAAUUGCGAAACUAGAGGGUUUGGAUAAUCUGAAACGUCUUCGCAUACUGUCUAUCCAGUCAAAUCGUAUCACGAAGCUAGAGGGACUAGAGAACCUGGAGAGUCUGGAAGAGCUCUACAUCAGCCACAACGGUGUCACUCGACUAGAGGGUCUCGAGCAGAACACCAAGCUGAGGACCCUUGACAUUGGUAACAACUUUGUGGUGACCCUCGAGAAUGUGGCACAUCUGAAUGAUCUGGAAGAGCUUUGGAUGAACGACAAUAAAGUUGAUACUCUUGAGGCGCUGGAGCCACAGCUAAAGCAUAUCAGGACACUCGAAACAAUUUACCUCGAGGGAAACCCGGUGCAGAAGAAGGAAGGAGCAAGCUACCGGAGAAAGGUGAUCUUGGCCCUUCCUCAAGUUAAGCAAGUGGAUGCGACAUACGUAAAGCAGGUGUAAUUGGAGCACCCGGUCCAAUUAAGUACGGCAUGUGCAUCCAUCAUCGGUGAAUCCCAAGUGAAUGCUACGCGCGCCAACUGAAUGGCUCGCUCGCCCAAUGCUCCCGAGCGAUCGUAGGCCCGGGAGAUGCAUCUUGGCUAGGUAUCCGCACAACGAUCGAGGGCUUGUACAUAUCGGUGUAAAUUGCUCGAUCGCUCACAUAUGUAGCAACCCGGAGGCUUGAUCGUGUUUAGCCUCGAUUGCAAUCGCUCGGUCCUCUUGAUCACCCCAGCGGAUCAUUUUGAGGAGACCUGAG